AUGGAUUUCAGACGAUUGACUGUCUUUCUAAGAACGGGAUAUGGCUUGGACCAUUCCAACAACGCAAACGACAAGGACAGUGCUCCUCUACUUAAUGAUGUGGAGCGAAAGUUCUACGAUGAUAGCGGGCCGUUAGACCUCGGGCUUCCUAAGAUUUCUGCAACACUUUAUGCGACUCGUAAAAUCUUCACGCUAGUCGAUAGUAAUCUUGAACUUUGCUACCAUUAUAUACAUAGCGUGGAUCUAGAAGGAAGAAGACCCUACUAUUCCUUGUUUACCGUGUUUGAGAGACCUGGACUUCCAUUAUCUGAGAUUGCUGUGUCUUAUUCCCCACAGAUAGGAUUAGCUGAGGUUAAGACAAUAAGUGCUGAGGCAAUCUUAGGUAUUUGUGCUCUUAGCGCUGCAGGCUUUGAUUGUUCUUUAAUACAGGUAGAAGAUAUCACGAUCUCGGCAAGCGAUGGGCAAGUCAAAGUAGCGUACGAUCGGUCAAUAGUGCUGGAAAGUAUCGAAAACAAUGCUAGUGCUUUUGGAACCAUGCUUGAAGAUCUUACGUCUCGCGUUCUAAGCCCUUGGAUCCUCCAGCAGAGUGAUGGCCUUCUCACAUUCAUCUGA